AUGUGCCACUGCAGCGUCUGCCGCUACACCCACGGGGCGCCCUGCAGCUUCCACACGCCACUGCCCGUCGGCGUCGAGCCUGAAUUUAUAGCCCCAUCCAGACUGGACAAGCUGACAUGCUACGGUGAGCCCGGCUCCAAAUCGGGGCUGUAUUUCUGCAGUACCUGUGGCUGCCAUAUUGGCGGGUACUACGGACAAUGGACCGUGUCCACAGCUAUCUUCGAUGCUAACCGAGACGACAAUAUUUUGCUUUUUAACGCACACAUGCUUCCUGAUUCAUCACCAGAUGGAGGUAUCGCGGCGAUCUUCUCAACAGUCGACGGACGCCAAUUACAGAUCGAUGAUCUAGACGGAAAGGCCCUUCCCUCGCCUGUUCUACCAAGGGAACUUCAAAGUACGAACGAGCAACUACGCGCCCAAUGCCACUGCGGCGGUGUCUCCUUCACCAUUGCUCGACCUAGCGCAGCCUUCCUGGCCAGCCCCGAAAGCAAAGGGGUGGUCAGUGGAGCAAAUGUCAUUGCGUGGAUGUUUGUCGCGCUGGAUCAUAUCUCGCCGGCUCCGUCGAAGGAUGGUUUCUUAAUUGGGACUGCGAAAGCCUACCAAUCCUCGGACGAUGUCACUCGCGUCUUCUGCGGUACCUGCGGUGCAACGGUUUUCUACCAUUGCAAGGAGCGGCCACAUAUUAUCGACGUGGCGAUGGGCAUUCUGCGUGCGCCGGAGGGUGCCAUGGCGGAGAAUUGGAGUGUUUGGAGAGCUGGGCGUCCGGCUUGGCCGGAGAAUGGCAUGCGAUACCAUGCUGGGUUCAGCCAGGCGUUGAUUGAAGGGAUGAAGCAGUGGGGGAAGGAACGGGGACAUCCGCAGGAUUUUGUGAUUCCGUAG